AUGUUUAAACUACUGAGUGACAAGAAAUUGAAAAACGUCGAUAAUAUAUAUGAAGAAUUCAACACGGCAGAAAAAGCCCAAGAAAACUUGCAAUUGAUCGCAUUCAAGAAGUUCAAAAGCACAGCGGAUGCCGUAGAGAGUACAUGUGCUUUGCAAGAAGGAAAAAUGAAUAAAACUUUGAAGAAAUUGCUCAAAGGAAAAGUCAGUGAAAAUGAGCAACUCGCUGUCGCCGACGCCAAACUAGGAAAUUUGAUCAAGGAGAAGCUGGAUGUCCCAUGUGUGCAUACCCCUGCGGUGGCCGAACUGAUGCGAAGUAUUCGAGCGAAUAUUGAAUCGUUACUGGAUGAACACAAGACGGAGUUAAGCGCCAUGAAUUUAGCCGUUGCCCACUCUCUUGGCAGGUACAAAGUGAAAUUCAAUCCAGAAAAGAUAGACACGAUGAUUGUGCAGGUAUGGCUGUUUCUCUCUUUGGACGACUUGGACAAGGAAUUGAAUAAUUAUGUGAUGAGAUGCAGGGAGUGGUACGGAUGGCAUUUCCCAGAAUUGGGAAAAAUAAUUCAGGAUCAUCAAGCCUUCGCAAAAGUAAUCAAAGCUAUCGGUAUGCGACAAAAUGCUAUUAACGUCGAUCUUUCGGCGAUUCUCCCUGAAGAAUUAGAAGCCAAGGGCUCAACUCUUCGACUACCUCAAAAAUCGGAUGACUGCGCUCGCACCAAAUUUAACAUGCCUUCUUGGAGGGAACUCGUUGGAGCGCGGCUCAUCUCACACGCUGGAUCUCUCGUUUCAUUAGCUAAAGCGCCCGCUUCUACGGUUCAAAUUCUUGGCGCUGAAAAGGCCCUGUUUCGUGCCCUCAAAACCAAAAAGGAUACCCCCAAGUAUGGUCUUAUAUAUCAUGCCCAACUGAUCACUCAAGCUCCAGCGAAGCUGAAGGGAAAAAUGGCCCGUAAACUUGCUGCAAAAUGUGCUCUCGCAACUCGCAUAGAUGCCUUGGCAGAUGAUUCGAGGGGAGCUGAGGUGGGAAUGGAGUGCAGAGCAGGUCUGGAAGCUGUUCUCCGUGGAGAACAAGAACGUGGACCGAAGAAAAUAAGUGGUGGCUCUCACAAGCAUGAGAAAUAUCACUUUAAGAGCGAAACAUUUGAAUAUGACGCUGCUAACGAUGUUCCCAAGAAGCCCGUGAAGCGACGGUUCGAGGAUGAAGAGGAGGAGCCUUCAUCGAAAAGGGUUAAGGUACAUUGGAGUUUUCAUUCAGUUGAUCAAAUGAAGACAACGAAUUUCAUCUUCGAACAUUUGUAG